GAGGCGGGUGCCGCCUUCCCCCGCAAAACAAAAGGGAGCGGCGGCGAGAGCGGCUGGGAAGAACGGGUGGAUCGUUCUCGGCUGCGCGGCGCUUGCCGGUGAGCCGAGGCCCCCUCCGUGCUGCCGCCAUGUCCCGCCGCAGUCAGCGCCUUGUCACCACCCGCUAUUACCCCGGGGACGAUGAUGCCGCGACCGGCAGCAGUACAUCUCUGCUGGGUGGGACACAGCUCCCCUUCAAGGAGACCACCGGCAGGACGAUCAGGAGGAAAUCGAGUAGCACAAAGCGCCUCUCUCCCACCCCCAGCACCCAAACCUCCUACUAUAGCGAGUCCAUGAUGAGCGAGUCCUACCUGGGGGGCAGCCGGGGCCUUGCUGCCCUGGGUAGCUCCAUGCUGGAUGAUGACCUGGACAGCAGCGCGUACUGGGGUGGAGGGCUCUCCACCAGGAGGAGAAGAGGCACAGGGGACACCGAGUCCAGUAAGAUCAAUGGGGUACUAGAGAGCAAGACGUACGACACCUACACAUCUUCAUCCGGGUACUCCUCGGAGGACGACUAUGCUGGUCACUAUUUUUCAGGCCAGAGUAGCUCUGGGUCGGGUCUGAGAACUGCAGCCUCCCGGGUGGGCUCCUUCCUCUGGCAGGUGUUCACCUCCCCAGUUCGGUUCAUGGGGUGGCUGUUCUCGAGGCUGGCAGGGGCCUGGCGCUGCCUCACCGGCACAGCUUCCCACCUGGACAGUGUCCCUUUCUCCAGGCGCUACCCACGUCUGAAGAGGUCCUUGCUGCUGCUGCUGCUGCUCCUCCUGCUCCUCGCUGCUACAGCCUAUGGAGCUUGGUACUUCUAUCCAAAUGGGCUGUCAACACUCAGCCUGCCUUCCUUCUCAUCGUGGGGAGCUGGAAAGCUUUCCUCCACUUCUGAUGUUCCUGGGGCAGGGGACCUGACCAUGCUGGACCAGGGGGGACACCGACUCUUGGCUCGCUUCCAGUCCCUGGAGAAACGGUUUGAGGCACUGGAGGCCGAGCUGUCACGGUGGGAGCUGCGUCAUGGGGCGGCAGCAGUGACAGCAGGGGGAGAACCACCCCCGGGGGACAUCCUUGCACUGCUGGAGGGGCUGGUGAACCGUCGGGACAUGGGGCUGAAGGAGCAUCUCCACACCGACAUGGCCAACCACCUCCAGGGCGAGCUGGAUGCGCUCCGAGCCCAGGUGCAGAGGGAUUUAGAUGGGCGCCUGGGCAAGAUGGAACAAGCUUCCCGGGAGAUGGAAGCACGCUUGCUGGAGCUGCACUCGGAGUGGCAGAGCUUGGUGCAGGAGAGCCUACGAGGGACCUUCCAGCAGGAGGUGGGCAAGCUGGAGCAGGAGGUGGCAGUGCUGAGGAGGGAGCUGGCAAGCCUCAAGUCAGACCAGGAGGUGAUGGGGAAGCAUGUGGAGGGGAUACUGGAGCAGCUGAAGACAGUGCGGGCUGAUGUGGAAAUGCAGUUCCCAGUGUGGAUCAGUAGGUUCCUGUCAGAGUCCCAGCAGGAUGGUGCUGCUGCCUUCAUCCUCCAGCGGGAAGACCUGCAAGCAGAGCUCCAGGCUUUGGAGCACAAGAUCCUAGCAAAAGUCCUGGAGGACCGGAGACUGUCAGCACGGGAUGCCCAGGCUGGUAUUGGAGUGGCCCUGCGGCAAGGAGGGACUGCAGGAGUGACGGAGGAGCAAGUGCAUCUCAUCGUGGGCCAGGCCCUGAAGCGCUACAGUGAGGACCGUGUGGGGAUGGUUGACUACGCCCUCGAGUCAGCAGGAGCCAGUGUCAUCAACACUCGCUGCUCAGAGACCUACGAGACACGCACGGCACUGCUGAGCUUGUUUGGCAUCCCCCUGUGGUACCACUCACAGUCCCCCCGUGUCAUUCUGCAGCCAGAUGUCAACCCUGGGAACUGCUGGGCAUUUCGUGGCUCCCAGGGCUUUGCUGUCAUCCGCCUCUCCGGCAUUAUCCGCCCCACGGCCGUGACGCUGGAGCACAUCUCAAAAGCCCUCUCGCCACAGGGGACCAUCCCCAGUGCCCCCAAGGACUUUGCUGUCUAUGGCUUAAAAGAAGAAAGAGAGGAGGAGGGCCUUCUCCUUGGACAGUUCACCUACAACCACGAUGGCGACCCCAUCCAAACAUUUUACUUGGAGGGCGACUCCAUGGGCACAUACCAGCUGGUGGAGCUCCGGGUGCUGAGCAAUUGGGGCCACCCCGAAUACACCUGCAUCUACCGCUUCCGCGUGCACGGGGAGCUGGCGCACUGACCCCAGCCCUGCGCGGGAUGAGGAUGCUGUUGGGCUGACAGCAGGAGGGGAUGCGUCUGGUUCGCUGCUUCAAACGUAGAAAUCCUGGCGUGUGCCAGCAGCCGCCCCAGGAAGCUGCUCCCCUGGAGGGAGGAGAAGAGCUGGUGUUGAAGGGAUGAGGCUUUCACGCUUCCAAGGACCUGGGUGUUGAGGCAAGAGCAUCCCAAGUGGGUCCUAGCGCAGCCUGGCUUGUUUUCAGCGCAUAUGGGACAUUUUAACUUUUUAAGCUAACUUUGUAUCAGGUUUGCGCUGCCCCUCUUCCCUGUUUUUCCACUCCUUUCUAGCAUGGCCAGGGCUUGGGAAAGAGGUGUCAUUUUGUGAUGUGCUUCAUGUGGGCUUGGUGCAAAAGAUUGGUGUGUGGGACCUUGGUGCUUGACUCAGUGCUGCCACAGUAGGUGGGAGCCACCGGUCGUGGCCACCAAGUGCCCUCCACACAGGGUCACUUCUCUUGCCUUGGUGUUGGUUUGGGUAAAGAUCUCUAGCCCUCCAAUGCUGGGCUGGCAGAGAGGAAAUAAGACAGUAUUAAUGAAGUAUUAACAUAAAACUAACAGUUUGGGGCAGCAGGAGGAGAGGUGUGUGGCAUGUGUUGGUGGCAGAGCCCACCUUGGUGCUGCCAUCCAGCCACUCAAGCCCUCCUGCUCACAGUAGCUGAGUUGGGUCUUGGCAAUGCUGUUGGCCUCCCUGGCUGCCUCCCCAGUGUUAAGCUUGAUGAUGCUAUUGAAAAGUCCUGUUGCUUGCUUUUCCUUUGGGGUUUGUUCUGAUUUUUUUUUUUUUUUUUUUUUAAGAGGGGUGGGGAGCUAUUUUCCUGUUAGGGUGUUGGGGCUGUUUUGGGUGGGUUUUUUGUUUGUUUGUUUUGGGUUUUUUUUGCAGGGGUUGGGGGGUUUGUCGUAUCAAAGGGGAAAAAAGACUUUUUCCAUGCAAUUUAUACUUAACCAGAGAAUGUUACAUGGUGCCACUUGGAUGAGUGGUACAGAUAUGGAGAGGGCUAGAGCUUUUUUUAGUAGAAUAGCACACACAGUAGGAUAAGCUAGAAUGAGAUGAGCAAGGCUGUUUAAAAUACAGGCCUCACCUUGUUGGUGGCUUGGUAGCUGGACUUGGCAGCUGGGAUCCUCUGUGCACUGCUGCUAGUAGGGUGCUAGAGGUGUUCCUGCUCUCCUUGCUCUGGAUGUCCUCUGAGACUGCAAUGCCUGGCUGUGGCCUCUUGUCCAUUGCUGCAUCUGUAUAUACUUGACUGUUAGCAGCAAGUGGGUGCUGCUGUCCCAGGGUUCUUGUGGGGGGAGACAGGGCAAUCACCAGGGCUUGCAGGUGCCAGCUGGUGGCUGGUGCAGGCUGACCUCCUUUCUCUUGGAAGUGCUCCCUUUUCCUCCUACCUCUCCUCAUUGGCAUUGUGCUGUUUUCUGAGCCCUGGCUGUGGUAGGACUGGGCUGGAGCAGGUGGGGGAGUUCUGCCUGCAGUGGGCAUGUAGAUCUUGCCUGUACUUUUGGGAUGGGUGGAGGCAUAGCAGGGGUUUGCAGGAAGGAUGCACAGGGACCUUCCCCAGGCUGGGGAGUGCUAGGGCCAUCUGGCCCCUCCACCUGCUGGCUGCCUGCAUCACAGAGUUUGGCUUAUAUUCUUGGCUGGUGUUAACAGCCUCCAGCAUUGUGUUGUGUUUCACUGAAAGAAAAGCCCAAGGGCUCACGGCCAGUGUUUCAGUCCCUGUCCAAUGCUGGUAUCAUCCUUCCCCUGACUUCAUGAGAGCACCAUGUAUUGAUUCCCACUCUGCUUGAAGCAAUGUAGGCAAUAGAGGAGGAGGAGAGGCUGAAAAAGGGUCUCCUCUCAGCAUCCCCUAAUGGACAUCAGGCAGAGCUGCUGAGCCUUGACUCCCUCCAUGCCAGCCUGGGAGGGUGAGGAUGGUGGCAACACAUCCCUUGCUGAAGGGGUCUCCUUGCUCCAAGCAGGGAAGUGAGCCCUGAGGGUGCAGUCCUGUCUCCAACAGGUUAAAAUUACCCUGUGGAGCCUCUUGCAGAGCUAGGAGGCCCUGCUGCAGGGAGAAAGCUGACCUGGAGCCAGAGCUAGGGACUAUAAAUUCUCUCCUAUAUUGAGCGUAGUCUUAAUUCUUGGCAUCCACAGCCAAAGUUAUUUUAAACUUGUCUACAGCUGCCGCUUGCCUUGGAGUCAUGUACAUAACUGCACUGAGCACACAAAAGUUGUGCUUUUAUGAAUGCCUAGACCAGUUCUGGGCUUGGCAGCCCAGCUCCUGUAUUUGUUUGAAUCAUAAAGAGUGAGCAGAGAUUAAGCUCUCCCUUUUUCUCACCUUUCACUGGCUGCUGGAGCAAGAGCAAUAACCAUGAGCCUGGGAAAAAAACCCUUUUCUUAUGUUCCUUCUGGGUUUCUGGCUUGAACUGUAAGGACAGGUGAGGUCUUUGCCCAAGAAAAAAAUUAUUUCAUGGUAAAUCAGGCAUGCUGGUGAAAGGCAGGAAAGGUGACCUCUUCCUCUGAAAAUGGAGUUGUAGUCGGAUCUCCUUCCACGUGGGUGUUAACUGCUUUGUCCCGGUUAGGGAGCAUUUGUCUUUACAGUGCAAGCUUGCCUUGUCCUUUGGACAUGAAAACCAUUGCUGUUCUAAGUAAAACUCCCUGGGGCCACCAGUGAGAGCUCAUUCUGGGGCUUCGUGCUCUUUUCGAACUGGUUUUAGAGGCCUCACCAUGCCGUCUGUGUGAGGAUCCCCAUGAACAUAUGCUGGGGCUGCAUAUGGGUUUUCAGCCCCAAAAUUCAGCAUCAGUGCUGGGCUGCAGCCUGAGUACAUGUGCUGAGUGCCCAGAGCCACCGGCUCUUGAGAUUGUAGAUUGCAGCAUUUCCCAGAGCUGCAGAAGACGGCACAGAAAACUGCUGCUUCAGCAUGUGCUUCAUUGCCCAGGGGUAUUUAAUCCUAGAUCUAAAUGCUGAAGAUGAGGCUGGUGAGGCAGGGGAAAUGCAGAACAGUUGUUGGGAGCAGAUUUCUCUUAUUUACUCCAUUUACCUCCUUUAUUUUCCCUCCUCAGUUUGCCCUACACACGUUACAAUUUAGCCCUCCAGAAACAGAUGGUUACAGACAGGAGUUUGUGUUUGAUGCUGUAGCCUGUUGCAAAUGCUGCACUGUUUUGUUCCUUUUAUUUUUUAAUCAACAGAUUGUAAUUUAUGCCUAUGCAAGAAAAAAAAAAAAAGAAGACCAAGACAUAAAUUAUAUCAAAACUGCUCUGA